AUGUUGAAUGUUACACGAUUUCUUUUGAAGCAUAGACUGUCUUUCCCUGGAUAUGAUGAGUCAAGUAAUUCUUUAAAUAGAGGAAAUUUUUUUGAAUUACUUCAAUGGCACAGCCAACAAAAUGAGGAAGUUUCAAAGGUUGUUAAUCAAAAUGCUCUCGGAAACAAUCAAAUGAUUUCUCCAACAAUUCAAAAAGACCUUACGCGUGCUUGUGCCUCUAAGAUCACACUUUCCGUAAUUGAAGAUAUUGGAAACAAUGUUUUCUCCUUAAUGGUUGAUGAAUCUCGAGACAUUUCAGUGAAGGAGCAAAUGAGAGUUGCUUUGAGAUAUGUGAACAAAAGAGGACAGGUGACUGAACGAUUCCUUGCAAUUGUACAUGUAUCUGACACUAGCUCUCAUUCUUUGAAGGAUGCUAUCGAUGCUUUAUUUGUGAAACAUGGAUUGUCAUUAUCUAGACUGAAAGGUCAAGGAUAUGAUGGAGCUUCAAAUAUGCGAGGAGGAUCAUGUAAAAGAAGAGAUCAACUUAGGCAAAUUGAAGAUGAUAGGAUUGUUGCGAUGUUGGAGGGUGGAGAGAUUCUGAUACAAGUGUUGGAGAUUAUUUGUGAUGAUUCUAGUUGUUUUGAUGGUAGAGGAGUUGCCAAAAGUUUGAUUCAGAAAAUGGAGAAUUAUGAGUUUGUUUUCAUGUUGCACUUGAUGAAGAUGAUAUUACGAAUGGCACAUGAGUUGUCACUUGUGUUACAACAAAAGGAUCAAAAUAUUGUCCAAGCCAUAAGUUUGAUUAAGAGUGUGAAAGAUCAAUUUCAAAUAUUUAGGGAAGAAGGAUGGUAUACAAUUACAGAUAAAGUCAACACAUUUUGUGAGUUGAAUGAGAUCCCAGUGCCAAAGAUGAAAGAUAAUUGUUUGAUUGGCGGUCGUAGUAGGCGUAGAAGGAAAGUCAUCACCAAUUUACAUUAUUAUCAUGUGGAGAUUUUCUAUCAGGAUCCAAAUUUUUCUGGAAUUGAAGAUUUGGGAAGUUUUGCACAGAAAAUUGUUGAAACUCUAAAAAAUCAAGUUUAUCCAUUGGUUUAUUGUUUGGUUGAGAUGACAUUAGUUUUACCAGUUGCGACUGCUUCUGUUGAAAGAGUAUUUUCUAUGAUGAAGACGAUAAAGAUUGAUUUAGGUAACAGAAUGGGAGACGAGUGGAUGAAUGGUAGUCUAGUCGUAUACAUCGAGAAGGAUAUCUUUUCAACAAUUGAAAUGAGCAAAUAUUACAUCGUUUUCAAAAGAUGA